AUGGUGGAUGAUAAAAAAGAAAGAGAAAGGCAACAGGAAUGUUUAAGGAUGUUUAGGCAUUAUUUUCCGGAAAUGGACAGAGGACAGGGCGUAUUGUCUAAAAUUAAGGGAGACCUAGAAAAAAUUAAAAAAAUAAAUGAUCUAGAAGAAAAAUAUCAAGAGGCUAAUUUACAAAUUGAAGCAAUUAAGCAGCAAGAAAAACAAAAAGAAACUGCUAAGUCAGAAAAAGUUACUAAAUCUAAGUUAAAAACCAACCAAACUCAAUCUAAAACUGCGUUUAAAAAUACUCAAUCAACUCAAAACCAAACUUCGCAAAAAGAAGAAUAUAUUUCCUGCACUGAAUGCCUCCAAGAAAUCAAACCAGGAGUUAAAUAUCAUUAUCACAAAACUAAAAAAGAUGAAAAAGAAAAACAAGAGCAAAAAGAGUUAGAAACUCCAUCAACAAAAGAUUAUUGUGAAACUUGCGGGGUUGAAUUAACUGGUAAAGAUGGAGAAACUAAUAUACAUUGUGCUCCUUGUUGGGAAAAAGAGAUAGAGAAG